CACAUAAGAAGGAUGUGUCAAGAGUCACUCAGGGUAAUAAAGCGGCUGAUGAGGCUGCAAAAGCAGUGACAGGAGCUGAGAAGUCGGGUAAAGUUUUCUUGGUCACACAUGAAGUAGAUUUGGAGGAUAAGAUUACAGUGAAAGAUGUGGUCUUAAUGCAGGAAGCUGUCUCUGAGGUGGAUAAACAGUUGUGGGUAGAUCGAGGGGCAACACAGGAUUCUACUGGUCUUUGGAGAAAUCAUGAGGGACUGAUAGUAGCACCUCCAGACCUGUUGGGAUUGAUGAUUCAGGAAGCACAUGGGUUGGCCCAUGUUGCAAGGGGGAAGUUAGGAGGAAGAUUAUAAAAGAGUAUGGAUUUUGGGCACCAUAUUUGCUUGAGCAAAUUGAUUAUGUUAUAAGCAGGUGCACUAUCUGUCUGAAAAAUAAUGUUCGGAGGGGUGUGAUGGUUCCUCCGGGUCAUAUUCCAACGCCAAGGGGUCCAAUGCGUGAGUUGGUGGUGGAUUUUGUCGAUAUGAUGCAUUUUGAAAAGCGUGACCAUAGAGCUGUUGAUGAUCUAUAUACAGUGACUUUUCAUGCUCCAGAUCAUAGACAGAGCAGGACUUUGAUUGUGAAGAAUCAGAUUUUGCCAGGAAAUGUGACCAUGGGAAACUUCAAAGAUCUUUGGUGGGUCUGUGAUGAUAAAGCAUAUAUAUUCUUACCAUAUGGGUGGACAGGAUGUUGUUAUUUGGCAAGGCUGAAACUUCCAUAUGAGGUUUUUACUUUGCAGAAGGGACAUGCACCUAAUGAGGUUCAACCUGAUGUUACUCUUGGAAGUAGGGAAAAAAGGGAAUUGGCACAGUUUCAUACUAUGAGAGCUUUUCACUGGAGGAUAAGUUUAGCAGAAAAGUGGGGUCUAGGAUUAUUUCCAUGGUAUGGUGUGACGUUUUUGGCAGAUCAUAUUGAUAAUAUUACAUAUACUCUACAGUCUUUUGCAAAUGAGACCAUGGUAAGUUUUGAAUAUUUGACAAAUACGCAGAAAAGUCAUCGAUUGACAUUGUUAAAACAUGAUAUGGCUCUUGAUUAUAUUUUGGCUAAACAAGGAGGUCUUUGUGUGGCCUUAAAUUUAACUGGGGAUGCAUGUUAUACUUUGAUUCCUGAUAAUUCAGACAAUAUGACAAGUGUCAUAGAUGCAUUGAGGAACAUAAGAGAUGCGUUUGGUCCAUCAAAGGGAGCUGGAUGGUCUGCGAAUGCUUGGUUGCAGGAGAAAUUUGGUCCAAUGGGAGCAAUCCUGGCCCAGAUUUCAAUAGCAGUUGUUUUAUCCUUAUGUUUAAUGUUUUGUUUUUGUACAUUGGUGUUGACUUUUGCAAAGGCUAUGAUAUUGAAGUGGGUUGGAGUCGUGAUGCCUGGAAAUCAAGCUCAGAUGCCAUUAUUGAAUAAAAAUGAUGAGGGAGAGUAUGAUGAGGAAAUCAGUGUAGAAGGACACCUGAUGGAGAUGUACCCAUUUUGAAGAUUGUAUUUAGUUAUGGGUUAUUUUUAAGUUAAGGGUGAUUUAAUGUGUGUGUUGAUGUUUUUAAUUAGUUUUUAAUGUUAGCAAAGAUACUGCUGUGCUCUCUCUUCCUAGACGGAUAUUGAAGGAGGAUCAAUGUGAGAAGCUGGAUGCUCGGGGACUGAAGGACCCGAACAAGGACACUGUGAUGAGACCUUACACUGAUUGUGGGACUCAGGAGAAAGAUCACAGUGCAACAUAUUUUUGUCUUGCCAAUAUUAAAAGUUUGUUGUGGUGUAUAUCAUUGAUGUGUACUUGUUAAGAAAGUGGAUGUAUUGGAACCUCAGUUGUUGUCUUUUUGUUUUCGGGGUGUUUAAGGAAAGUAAUACUAGGAAGGGAAAGGUCCAAUGGAGGGUCCGAUGGGUCAACCAGCCUGAUGUUGGAUAUGUUUUGAUUUAUUUUCUGAGGUAUCCAUAUAUAUACUCUGCUUAAGAUAUUUCCCUAUAUAAAUUUUAGAAAUCCUUCUUUUUUAGUAGGCUUGGAGUACUACUGUGUGGUCGCCUUAGACAGAGGGGCCGUGAGAGAAUUUCCUGUCUAGAUUGAAAGGUGGACAUUUUAAGAAAGAUGACUGUCUGAUAGGUUUUCGCUCUCACACUCCAUGAAUUUGUUGUAUUGUUAAGGGUUGUGCUGUAACUGGCACUGUAAGAAGGACAUAUCUUUCUGUUAUAACAAUGAAUAUGUUUUUGUGUUUGAAUGGGUGUAUGUGUUUUUUGGUGGUCGAGACUCUAGGAGCCUCGAAGGGGGGAAAUAUGUAGU